AUGGCAGAAGGGGAGGAUGUAGAAUGGGAGCUCUGCAAAGAGAACAUUCAACCUCUGAGACGUGGGAGAAAUAUGUCAGCCUUACUACAGGCACUCAGUCACAGCAAAGAUGGCCUCAACCCUGCAGUUCUCCAACAGAGACAGGCUUUUGAGUCUGAAUUGCGUCUUUACGAUGGGGAUGACCCGCUUGAUGUUUGGGAUCGGUACAUCAAAUGGACAGAGCAAAUGUUUCCUCAAGGAGGAAAGGAAAGCAAUCUCAGCACAUUGUUGGAGCAAGCUGUGACGCGUUACGCAGACGAAACGAAAUAUCACAACGAUGCCCGCUACGUUGACUUAUGGAUCAAAUAUGCAGGGCACUGCUUGGAGCGCUUGGACAUUUAUAGGUACAUGAAAGCCCAGGGAAUAGGGACCACCAGAGCAUCCUUCUACAUUGCCUGGGCCGAGGAGCUGGAGAACCGCGGCGAAUUCCUCAAGGCAGACUUGAUCUUCCAAGAAGGAUUCAAGAUGUUUGCUCAGCCUCUCGACAAGCUACAGCAGUUUCACAAGUUGCUGCAGGCUCGGGUGUCCCGGCAAGCAAUAAAGAAAGUCGAUGAUAGUGAUAGCGAUAGUGAUUACGAGCCAAGACAACCGGAGAGAGUUUCUCUUGCUGAGCUCAAAACACGAGGGAAGAAAGGCAUUGUGCCUAUCGUCAGAACUGGACCAGCAAUAAAAAGUGUCCCAAAGGGCCUGAGUUUACGUGCUGGUCCAAUUGGUGAACGCAGCUGUCAUGCCAGCAACACGAAACUGAUGAUCUUUGAUGAGAAUAAGGUAAGCGCUGGUCCUUCAGAACCAAAAUUUGAGCCUUGGUUGGCUCCUCCUCCUUCCAGGGCAAAGGAAAAUGAGAAAAAGGUGGAAAAAUGGUGUGAUGUUAAGAUGCGCCAGAAGUCCGCAUUUGGAAGCACAAUGGUUUUGCCUCCUCUAAAACCCACUUUCCAACCAUUUGUUGAAGAGUCAGAUGAGACUCCCAAAAUGACACCGUGCAAGAUCAUCCCGACAGUGAACAACAUUUUGUCAGCACGCAAGCCCCACAGAGAUGAAACGCCUCUGAAAAGGCUGCUGGAGCACCAUCAUCAGCACAAAGAAGGCGAAUCUGGCAAAGAGCUCGAAAAGAGCAUGUACUGUAAAGAGCUGCUCUUCAGCGGUACUACUGAAUUUAGCUUGGAAGAACUGCGUGCCGAACUGUACUUCAAGAAGAAGAAUUCGCAGGCGGUCAGCUACCUUGACAAGCCAGCGACUGACCCUGAGAUGAAAUAA